AUUGAAGAACUGUGACAGCAGGCAGGGGGCGCCUCAUCCCUGUCUUUCUCGGACCUGUGAUAUCACGUGUGGGGGGUGUAUUGAAGGUUGCAGUGAUUAUAGUCAUAUGGAUGGAUGUUAUCACACUUUGAGGGGGGAGUUGAGGAACAUCAGUCCGAAAACUGCACCGAAGUGAACAACUCCCGGAAUCACGCUGCUGGAGAACAAUUAGUGCACCGAAGUGAACAACUCUCGGAAUCACGCUGCCGGAGAACAAUUAGAACAAAAUUAUAGAGGAUAAAUUACACAUGGAUUACCUAAGCAUUUGUUAUUUUGACUGAAAUUGCAUUUCAAUAGAGAACUAUAUGGUUCGGUUUCAGGACAGUACGGCGUUUUACCACUUCCCAGGUGAACUCACGAGGUCCGUUUUCUUGGAUUUAUUUAACUUCAAAUUUGAGCAAUGGGAUAUAAAACGGAACUUGGAUAUUGUUUAUUUGUGUUAUUCACAUAUUCUCUCAUAUCCAGGUGUCGAAUGAAUAUGGAAAAUAAUAUCACAGUUGCGGUGAUGCUUCCCGAUAAUUACCACAAGUAUCCAUGGGCUUUGCCUCGGGUUUUCCCAGCAAUUCUUAUGGCGAACGAGAAUCUCCAGAAGAAGCACGGACUUCUCAAAGGCCACUCUAUUCAACUCUUGAAUUUCAGCACGGAGGAUUCAACCGGUGUCUGCGCAGAAAAUAAGGCACAGAUUAUCGCCGUGGACACCAAACUUUAUAAUAAACCAGAUGCUUUCUUUGGACCAGGGUGUGUGUAUUCAGUGGCCUCAGUUGGAAGAUUUGCAUCCCAUUGGAAACUCCCAUUGAUAACUGCGGGAGGAACCGCAUAUGGGUUUGAUAAAGGGGACGAGUACAAUACGAUUGUUCGCACCGGACCAUCGACCACUAAACUGGGAGACUUUGCAAACAUUAUUCACGCGCACUAUAAUUGGACCUCUCGUGCCAUUCUGAUUUUCCACGAUAUGAAAAAAGAUGACCGACCUCACUACUUCCUCUCUGAAGGAAUUUACCUAAAUUUGAAGGAUGAAAAUGUCACAGUUGGUGCCUUUCCAUAUGAAGACUCACCAAGCUAUUAUAAAGAAAUCAUUACUUUCAUGAAAGACCACGGAAGAAUUGUGUAUAUCUGUGGGCCUCCAGACACAUUUCUGAGUAUCAUGAAGCUUUUCCAGAGUGAGAUCCCAGACCCUGAGAACUACGCCAUCUUCUAUCUGGAUGUGUUUGCGGAAAGCCUAACAGAGCGCAAACCCUGGCUGAACAACGACAGCCUCUGGAUUGAUCCCAUCAAGGUCUUCAAGUCUGUGUUGGUAAUAACAUACAGGGAGCCUGAUAAUCCAGAGUAUAAAGAGUUCCAAGAUGAGCUCCACAUUAGAGCCCAGAAGGACUUUGAUGUGAACAUAGAACCCUCUCUGAUGGAUUUCAUCGCUGGCUGCUUCUAUGAUGGCUUUGUGAUGUAUGCUAAGGCCUUGGAGGAGACGCUGGCGGAGGGGGGCUCCCAGAGCGAUGGAAUCAACAUCACACAGAGGAUGCAAAACCUGCGAUUUUGGGGGGUUACAGGACUUGUGACCACAGACAAAAACAAUGCUAGGAACACUGAUUUCAACCUCUGGGCAAUGACAAACCAGGAAUCUGGAGAGUAUGGGCUUGUGGCCCAUUACAAUGGAACUAACAAAGAGAUCAUCUGGUCCUCAACGGAGAGGAUUCAUUGGCCCAAAGGGAGCCCACCUCUGGAUAACCCACCGUGCGUCUUCUCUUCUGAUGAGCCCAUCUGCAUUGAUGCUCACCUUCCAGUGCUGGGGAUUGUAGCUGUUGGGUCUGGCUUAGCCCUCAUCAUUUUUGGAAUCUCCAGCUUCCUCAUUUACAGGAAGCUGAAGCUGGAGAAGGAGUUGGCUGGAAUGCUGUGGAGGAUAAAGUGGGAGGACCUGCAGUUUGAGAGCCCCAACAAAUAUCCCAAAAAAGCAGGCAGCCGUCUGACACUCUCACAGGAUACUUGUUACUCCUUCCAGAGAGGCUCCAGCUACGGCUCCUUGAUAACUGCCCAUGGAAAAUAUCAGCUAUUUGCUAAAACAGGCUAUUUUAAGGGCAACCUGGUGGCCAUCAAACAUGUGAACAAGAAGAGGAUCGAGCUGACCAGACAAGUGCUGUUCGAGCUCAAACAUAUGAGAGAUGUGCAGUUCAAUCAUUUAACCAGAUUCAUCGGUGCCUGCAUUGACCCUCCCAACAACUGCAUCGUGACUGAAUAUUGUCCCAGAGGUAGUCUUCAGGAUAUUUUGGAGAAUGAGAGCAUCAAUCUGGACUGGAUGUUCCGCUAUUCACUCAUCAACGACAUAGUCAAGGGAAUGAACUAUCUUCACAACAGCUACAUCGGCUCCCAUGGAAAUCUGAAGUCAUCUAAUUGUGUGGUGGACAGUCGAUUUGUGUUGAAAAUUACGGAUUACGGCCUGGCCAGUUUCCGUUCAUCAUGUGAAAAUGACGACUCGCACGCACUCUAUGCAAAGAAGCUGUGGACGGCCCCUGAGUUGUUGAUCUACGACAGACACCCUCCACAGGGCACACAGAAAGGAGACGUGUACAGCUUUGGCAUCAUACUCCAGGAGAUAGCCCUGAGGAAUGGACCCUUCUAUGUGGACGGCAUGGAUCUGAGCCCCAAAGAGAUAGUGCAGAAGGUGCGUAACGGCCAGAAGCCUUACUUCCGGCCCACCACAGACAACAGCUGCCACUGUGAGGAGCUGACCAUCCUGAUGGACAGCUGCUGGGCCGAGGACCCCGUCGAGCGGCCCGACUUUAGCCAUAUCAAGAUCUACAUCACCAAACUCAACAAGGAGGGAAGUACCAGCAUUCUGAACAACCUGCUGUCCAGGAUGGAGCAGUACGCCAACAACCUGGAGAACCUGGUAGAGGAACGAACGCAAGCCUACCUGGAGGAGAAGAGAAAAGCCGAAAAUCUACUUUACCAGAUCUUGCCACACUCAGUAGCAGAGCAGCUAAAACGAGGGGAGACGGUCCAAGCGGAGGCGUUUGACAGUGUGACAAUCUACUUCAGUGACAUUGUUGGCUUCACAUCAAUGUCAGCUGAGAGUACACCACUGCAGGUUGUGACGGUGCUGAAUGAUCUUUACACCUGCUUUGAUGCCAUCAUCGAUAAUUUUGAUGUGUACAAGGUGGAGACCAUUGGUGAUGCGUACAUGGUGGUGUCAGGGCUUCCGGUAAGGAAUGGUAAACUCCACGCAAGAGAGAUCGCUGGGAUGUCAUUAGCCUUACUAGAACAGGUGAAAACAUUCAAGAUUCGACACAGACCCCAAGACCAGCUACGGCUAAGGAUAGGAAUCCACACAGGACCUGUCUGUGCUGGGGUGGUGGGUCUGAAAAUGCCCAGAUAUUGUUUAUUUGGAGAUACUGUCAACACAGCGUCUCGGAUGGAAUCGAAUGGAGAGGCCUUGAGGAUCCACCUCUCCUCAGCCACCAAAGAAGUGCUGGAUGAGUUUGGCUAUUUUGAUCUCCAGUUAAGAGGAGACGUGGAAAUGAAGGGCAAAGGCAAAAUGAGAACCUAUUGGCUUCAGGGGGAGAAGACUGACGUGUACGUUAUUUGAGAGGCGCUGCUGUACUCACAUUGGAGCCAACCACAGAGGAGGCUACACAGUGGCACAGCCAGCCACUGCUUUAUUUGUUUUAGAAUAAGUCCUAAAGGUGAUACCCUCCUAAAGUACGAAAAGAAGGGAUGUUUAAUGGUAUGUUUAAUACCUGUGUACGUACGGUAACUGCAAAAAGUUGUAAAGAUGUUUUGUAUGAAGAAUCUUUCUGUCCUGAGAGUGAGUACUUUUCGAUGAUGAUGAAUUCCUAUUUUUUUGUGCUUUAUAUCAAGAUUUGUAUAAUGUGUUUGGAAGUCAAUGAUGUAUUAAUAGUCCAUACAGCAUUCAUAACAGAUGGGCACAGUGUAAUGAUCAAUGUCAAUGCAGAGGUUAGAGUUCCACAGUGAUGUCAUACAGUACAAGAUGAUAUAUGUAUAUAUGUACAUCCAAGAUAUUGUAAGAUAUUUUGUUCAAUAAACGGAGUAAAAUACAA